AGGUAAACCCUUCUCUAGCCUCAAUUCUCUCCAUCGUCAUCUCCGAGAAACAAAAAAAAAAAAUCCACCAUGGCUCCUAAAUCGAAAGAGAAACCGAAAACCUCGACAUCGUCACAGCCUCCUCCCGCAAUCGAAGAUCUCUUCACCGCUCUCGAUAGGCACAUCCAGCGAUCUGAAUACGAACAAGCCGUCAAGGUCGCUGAUCAAGUUCUGUCGAUCGCGCCUGCCGAUGAAGAUGCGAUCCGAUGCAAAGUUGUGGCUCUCGUCAAAGACGAUAAGAUCGAUGAUGCUCUCUCCGUCGUUCACUCCUUCCACAAGCUUCCCAUCGAUCUAGGGUUUCAAAAGGCAUAUUGUUUAUACCGUCAAAACAAGCUAGACGAGGCUUUUGAGUGUUUGAGAGGCCGAGAGAGAGAUUCAGAGACUCUGCUUUUGGAGGCUCAGAUUCUGUACCGUCUGGGGAAAACAGAUGCUUGCGUUGAUGUGUAUCGGAAGCUGCAGAACUCCCAGAUUGAGACUGCGGAGGUUAAUUUCGUAGCGAGUUUGGUUUCGGCUGGUAAAGCUUCGCAGGUGAAAGGAGCGUUGGAGUCUUGGAGGAUCAAACCUACUAGUAGCUUUGAGUUGGCUUUUAACACUGCUUGCUCUUUGAUUGAAAACGGUAACUACGCUGAUGCUGAACAGCUUCUGCUGGCUGCAAAAAGAAUUGGUCAGGAAACCCUCACGGAUGAUGGUUUUGCUGAUGAGGAUAUUGAGAAUGAGCUUGCCCCGAUUGCUGUCCAGUUAGCAUAUGUCCAACAGGUCCUUGGACAAACUCAAGAAUCCACCAGCUCUUAUGUAGACAUCAUAAAGCGAAACCUGGCUGAUGAAUCGUCACUUGCUGUUGCUGUGAACAACCUUAUUGCCUUGAAAGGUUCCAAAGAUGUUUCUGAUGGCUUGAGGAAGCUUGAUCGGCUUAAAGAGAAAGACUCCCAAAAUUUUCAGCUUUCUCAAACACUUGAUGCGAAGCUUUCGCAGAAACAUAAGGAAGCCAUAUAUGCCAAUCGAGUCCUUCUGCUCCUCCAUGCAAAUAAGAUUGAUCAGGCACGCGAACUUUGUGCUACACUGCCGGGGCUCUUUCCUGAGAGUGUCAAUCCUGCAUUGCUUCAAGCUGCUGUUUUGGUGAGAGAGAACAAGGCCGCCAAAGCUGAAGAACUUCUGGGACAGUUCGCCGAAAAGUUCCCGGAAAAGUCCAAGUUGGUUCUCUUGGCGAGGGCACAAAUUGCUGCUUCGGCCAGUCAUCCUCAUGUAGCAGCAGAGUCCCUGUCCAAAAUAACUGAUAUCCAGCAUUUCCCUGCAACUGUUGCUACAAUUGUCGCUCUGAAAGAGCGAGCUGGGGACAAUGAUGGUGCUGCUGCUGUUCUUGACUCAGCAAUUAACUGGUGGUCAAAUUCGAUGACAGAGAACAAAAAGCUUGGCAUAUUGAUGCCGCAGGCUGCUUCCUUCAAGCUCAGGCAUGGUCAAGAAGAGGAAGCUUCACGGCUAUACGAGGAGAUUGUGAAAAAACACAAAAGCACAGAUGCUCUCGUUGGUCUUGUGACUACACUUGCUCGUGUCAACGUCGAGAAAGCAGAGACUUACGAGAAACAGCUAAAGCCGUUACCUGGGUUGAAGGCUGUUGAUGUUGAUAACCUAGAGAAGACCUCUGGUGCAAAACCCAUGGAAGGUGCUGCUGCUGCUGCUUCAGCGAUGCAGGAAGAAGUGAAGAAGGAGAAGGCAAAGAAAAAGAGGAAGAGAAAGCCAAAGUAUCCCAAAGGAUUCGAUCCGGCAAACCCGGGUCCACCUCCGGACCCUGAAAGGUGGCUUCCGAGAAGGGAAAGGUCAAGUUACAGACCCAAGAGGAAGGACAAGCGAGCAGCUCAAAUCCGCGGCUCGCAGGGAGCAGUGACCAAGCAAGAGAAACAAGAAACAGCUCCUUCGACUUCGAAGUCAAGCCAAGCGACCACUAAGAGUGCAGCCGCUGAUCCCAAAACCAAGCCUUCUUCCUCUAAGGCUUCCAAAAAGAAGUCUAGGAGAUGAAUGAAACAUCCUUUUUACAGUCUUUUCUAAGAGAACAAAAAUGACUACUCAAAAUGACAACACGAGCUGCACUUCCUUUG